CUUAAGCUUGACGCAGAAUCGGAUGCUUAUACAGUUAAUACUCUCCGUAUAUAAUAAAGAUCGACAAGUACGACGACUCUCCGAAGUAAGCGAAAGAGUCAAUCAAUCAGAGGCGAUGGCACAGACAGAAGCUAACGGUGAAGAAUUGAGCUCCGUAGUCUCCGACUUUCUCCAAUUCUUAAACGCAUCUCCGACUGCUUUUCACGCCGUUGAUGAGGCAAAGAGGCGUUUGCGAGAAGUGGGGUACGAGCAGAUUUCAGAGAAGGAAGAUUGGAACUUGGAAGCUGGAAAGAGAUAUUUCUUUACCAGAAAUUAUUCCACAAUCGUCGCUUUCGCAAUCGGAAAAAAAUAUGUUGCUGGAAAUGGAUUCCAUAUAGUGGGUGCUCAUACCGACAGUCCUUGUCUAAAGCUGAAACCUGUUUCUAAGGUAUCGAAAGGCGGGUAUUUGGAGGUUGGUGUCCAAACAUAUGGAGGUGGUUUGUGGCAUACAUGGUUUGAUCGUGACUUGACAGUUGCAGGACGAGUGAUAAUUAGAGAAGAAAAAGAUGGUUCUGUUUCUUAUUCUCAUAAACUACUUAGAAUCUAUGAGCCCAUAAUGCGAAUUCCUACGCUGGCAAUACACUUGGACAGGAAUGUCAAUAGUGAUGGAUUUAAGCAGAACACUCAGAGUCAUCUUCUCCCUGUCUUGGCAACAGCAAUAAAGGAGGAGCUUAAUAAAGUGGCCACAGAUAACUCUAAAGAAAAACCAACCAGUAACAGCUCCAAGCAUCACUCAGUUCUACUACAGAUGAUCGCAAGUCAGCUUGGCUGUGCAGCAGAUGAUAUAUGUGAUUUUGAACUGCAAGCAUGUGAUACUCAACCAAGUAUAUUAGCUGGUAUUAAGAAGGAAUUCAUUUUCUCAGGAAGGCUCGACAAUCUCUGCAUGUCAUUUUGCUCUCUUAAGGCGUUGAUAGAUACUACAUCUUCUGAAAGCAACCUUGAGGACGAGACUGGGGUUAGAAUGGUGGCAUUGUUUGACCAUGAGGAGGUUGGAUCAUCCUCAGCUCAAGGAGCUGGGUCUCCUGUCAUGUUAGAUGCUUUGGCACGAAUCACAAAUAUCUUCUGUUCAAAUACUAAUGUGCUUAUUCAGAAAGCAAUCCAGAGGAGUUUUCUUGUUUCUGCUGACAUGGCGCAUGCCCUACACCCUAAUUACAUGGAAAAACAUGAGGAUAAUCAUCAGCCCAAGUUGCAUGGUGGGCUCGUCAUCAAGCACAACGCAAAUCAACGAUAUGCAACUAAUGCUGUUACUUCCUUCAUAUUCAAGGAGAUAGCCUUGAAGCAUAAUGUUCCUACUCAGGAGUUUGUGGUCCGCAAUGACAUGGCUUGUGGUUCAACCAUCGGUCCCAUCUUAGCAAGUGGAGUGGGGAUUCGUACAGUUGAUGUAGGUGCACCACAAUUAUCAAUGCACAGUAUACGAGAAAUGUGUGCCAUUGAUGACGUGAAACAUUCGUAUGAGCAUUUCAAGGCGUUCUUCCAAGAAUUUACUCAGCUUGAUGGCAAGGUUACAGUGGACAUAUAGGUUCUAAGUUGCAGUAAUUCAUGCCAGUUCUUGUCCCAAUUUUCAGAUUCGAUGCAGGCAUGGUUUGAUGUAAUAUGUGAUACAUGUGAUGAUACCAUUUGGUAAAUUAUGCUUAUAUACUGGGAAUGGAAAACUAUUGGAUAAGUGAUGGAAACCCCUUUCUAUUAAAUCAGACUC